AUGGCCAGCGCCAGACAUUCAGAACAACCACAAGUCAGGUCAGAAUUCAUUGCACUGUUGUCAUCUCAUUUUUUGCUGCGAGAAAUAGCUUUUAAUUACUCUAUAGUUCGAAAUAUUCUUGUUCACUAUGGAAAGUGCAAAUGUUCCGCUGGAUGCAGAAAUAUAUCUGGAAGCCAAGCAACUAAUGGCAAUAAUGAGACAAAUCAAAGUAUACAACGUUUAAUCACAACUAGCUUUCUGGAUGGAUAUGUAGUACGUAAAGUGGAAGCAAUGAAUGGUCGAAUUUAUCUUCCUCGAUUUCGACGCAACUACUGGCUAGGAACAAGAUAUUACUACAUGAAAUUUAAUAUUUUCUAUUUAUUUUUAUUCAAUCUAAGUGGUUUAAGGUGCCAGAAGUACGUUGAGUACUGUUGUGGAUUGACUUGCUGUUUGAAUGAAUCGAUUUCUAAUUUAAAUGGUUUGUCUUUAUACCGGAAAGUUCUUGGUCCAUUGAACAGAGCUUCAGUUUUUCAAUUUCAAAUUCUAGUUUUCGUAUUUAUCUGUUGCUGCUUACAAAAUUGA